GCAUACGGCAUCAUCACCACCAUAUGCCUCUGCCUCAUAGUCUUUGGUGGAGUGCAUCUGGUGGACCGAGUGGGAUCGCUCUUCAUCAUCCCGGCUGUCCUCGCUGUCAUCUCCGUCUUCAUCGGAAUCUUCCUCUCUCCAGACGCUGAAUCGCCAGCCGGCCUGACUGGUCUCGGCACCACCACCCUCUUCGCCAACUGGUUACCAGAUUACCAGACCACCAACUCCAAUGGCAUUCCCGACCCCAACGGCUCUUUCUACUGGGGCUUUAACCAGCUGCUGGGCCUCUUCUACCCGGGCGUCACAGGCAUCAUGGCGGGAUCCAACCGCUCAGAGGCGCUGAGGGACACACAGCGGUCUAUCCCCACAGGGACCCUGGCAGCCAUCGUGUCAAUGACUGGUCUCUACGUGGUCUCCAUCCUGCUGUUUGGUGCUGUCGCUACCAGGGACCUGCUUGUCACUGACAG